UUUUUUUAGUGUAAAUUUUACACUAAAAAAUAGUUCGGAACGUAUUUUCCGAAUUUUUUUAGGUGCGCUAGGGAGUGCGGGAGAAAUGUUGAGGUGCGUUGAGAAAUUUUUCCCCCAAUAAUCCAAUUCCUACCUUAUAUAAACUCCAAUCCAUGAAAUGUGACAAUAUAUAUAGCCCCACUCAUCAUCCUUAUAUUUCAAGCAACAAAGAAACUUCCCUCUUCUCUUUGAUAGUUAUGCACACACAUGCAUACAAUAUCAAUGAUGUUUAUUAGUGUAAUUUCAAGUGUCCCUUUGUCAUCAAUAAUAUUCACUUUGAUGGCUUUAAUAGGUGGAUUAUUGGGUUAUUUGUAUGGGCCAUUUUGGAGAUUAAGGAAAGUUCCAGGCCCACCUUCUCUUCCUCUUGUAGGACAUCUUCCAUUACUAGCAAAGUAUGGUCCGGAUGUGUUCUCAAUUCUUGCCAAGCAAUAUGGCCCAAUUUACAGAUUUCAUAUGGGAAGACAACCUCUAAUAAUCAUAGCAGAUGCUGAGCUUUGUAAAGAGGUGGGAAUAAGAAAAUUCAAAGAUAUCCCAAAUAGAAGCAUCCCCUCUCCUAUCUCUGCUUCUCCUCUUCACCAAAAAGGUUUAUUCUUCACAAGGGACUCGCAAUGGUCUACAAUGAGAAAUACCAUAUUAUCAGUAUACCAACCAUCACACUUAGCAAACUUAGUGCCAAAAAUGCAAUCAUUUAUAGAAUCAGCAACACAAAAUCUUGAUGACACCAUAAAAGAAGACAUAAUCUUUUCCAAUCUUUCCCUAAGAUUAGCAACAGAUGUUAUUGGAGAUGCAGCAUUUGGUGUCAACUUUGGUCUCUCAAAUCCUAAUUCAAUUUGUGAAUCAAUGAAAAGUGUUAAUGUAGAAAAUUCAAGUGCUAGUAGUAGUGAUGAAGUAUCAAAUUUCAUUAAUCAACAUAUUUACUCCACAACACAGCUUAAGAUGGAUUUGUCUGGUUCAUUCUCAAUUAUAAUUGGUUUAAUUGCUCCUAUACUUCAAGAACCAUUUAGACAAAUUUUGAAGAGAAUAAAGGGCACUAUGGAUUGGAAAAUGGAAUGUACUAAUAAAAAUUUAACCGGUCGUCUUGAUGAGAUUGUUAAGAAGAGAAUGGAAGAUAAAAAUCGAACUUCGAAGAAUUUCUUGUCGCUUAUAUUGAAUGCAAGAGAAUCAAAGAGUGUAUCAGAGAGUGUGUUUUCAUUUGACUACAUAAGUGCUAUAACUUAUGAACACUUACUUGCCGGCUCGGCUACAACAUCCUUUACAUUGUCAUCUAUUGUCUAUUUGAUUGCUGGUCACCUAAAUGUUGAGGAAAAAUUGCUUCAAGAGAUUGAUGGGUUUGGAACACAUGAUAGGAUACCUAAUGCUAAAGAUCUUAAUGAAAGUUUUCCUUAUCUUGAUCAGGUGAUUAAAGAGGCAAUGAGGAUUUACACUGUCUCUCCAUUGGUUGCAAGAGAAACAUCAAGCGAAGUAGAGAUAGGAGGUUACCUUCUUCCAAAGGGAACAUGGGUAUGGUUAGCACUUGGAGUUCUAGCAAAAGACUCAAGAAACUUUGCAGAACCAGAAAAAUUCAAACCAGAGAGGUUUGAUCCUAAAUGUGAAGAAAUGAAAAGAAGGCACCCUUAUGCAUUCAUACCAUUUGGAAUUGGUCCAAGAGCAUGUAUUGGCCAGAAAUUUUCCAUGCAAGAGAUCAAACUUACUUUGAUUCAUUUAUAUAGAAAAUAUGUAUUUCGUCAUUCACUUAAUAUGGAAAAACCUCUAGAACUUGAAUAUGGUAUGGUUCUCAACUUCAAGCAUGGUGUCAAGCUUAGAGUUAUAAAAAGAACAUAAUAGUAGUGUCUAUGUAAACCAACUAGAUUGUACUAUUGACCUAGUAUAUCAAUUGUUCUAUCUUUAGUUACAUGUGUUAAGAGUUUUACAUUAAACGAGACACAUCUAAAAAUGUUUUUGUGGUGAAUCGUCAUCAUCUUACAAAUCAACUUUCGAAGGAUUGCAUUAGGCACGGAAAUAGAUUUGCGGAGAUAAGCUUUACAAGCCCAAGUUUGUCCUGAUCCAAAAAUUCAAAGUUUGGGCCUAAAAGGCUUUGUUUUUCUCUAA